UAUAAAAAUCAAUUGCCCAUGUUUGGCUAGUCUACUGUAGAAUUGCUUAUUGAGAGGCCAAGAUGAAAUUCUUAUCGCUCGUUUUGCUGUUUUGUUUGCUUGGCGUUGUUGGCACCUUUGCCAAGAGUUUGGAAUCGUUCUAUGGCACGGCAGAGCAUCCCGGCAAAUGUGUCUAUGAAGAUUUAAUUAUUUCGCCCGGCGAAACGGCCAAGCCAAAGGGGAAAUGCCAACGAUUUUCGUGUGGGGAGAAGCUGGUGGGUCACAUUGAAAGUUGCGAUUACAGAUACAUUAUUCUAGAGCCACCAUGUUGGUGGGGUGAUAUAGAAAAUCCUGAUUUGGAUUAUCCCAAUUGUUGUAUGAGAAAAAUUAUUUGCCCAGAGACUGAUGAUACGACCGAUGUGUUCUUGGACUAUAAAAUGCAUGGCUUAAAAAUAUAUAAAACGACUUGUGCUCUCUUAAGAUUUGUCAGUUUCAAAUGUUCUCCGCCAUCGUUUGACUGCAUUAAAAUGAAAGUUUUAGUUAUCGCUUUAGUGCUUGCCUUCUGUACCAUGGCAUUUUCAUAUGAAAUGUCAGGAUUUUUCAAAGAAGAUGCCCAUCCUGGCAAGUGUGUCUACAAGGAUUUGAUCUUAUCGGCCGGUGAAGAGGGAUAUCCCAAGAGUGAAUGCGUUCGCCUUUUGUGUGGUGACAAUAGUUUUGGCACAAUUCAGGGUUGCGGUACUCAAGCGGCUGCCCCUCCAUGUAAAUUGGGUGACUAUGUGAAUCGCGAUGGCAAAUAUCCCGAAUGUUGUAAACGCCACGUUGUAUGCCCCUAAUUUUGUAAACUGUCGAUUGUAGAUAAUAAACAAUAAGGAAAAUGUAAA